AUUACCCAUAUUGCACCAAAAAACAAGAAUGGCAGAUUUUGACCAAAUAUACGAAGAAGACGAUGAAGAGGAAAGAUUCAUCGUAGAUGACCUCACUAUUCCCGUCCAAGACCCUAUCGUAAUCAGAGGUGCUGGUAAUGUCACUAUAUUUGCGCUAAGUAACAAGUUUGAGCCAGACUUUCCGACUGGUUUGGCUGCAAAGGUAGCCCCUGAGGAGUUCAAGGCCACUAUAGGCAGGAUAAACAGCGUGCUGAAAAAGACUUUACCAAUGAAUGUGAAAUGGCUGUUCUGUGGCUGCAUAUGUUGUUGUUGUACAUUGGGGUGCUCUUUGUGGCCAGUUAUUUGCCUUAGUAAACGGACGAGGCAUUCUAUAGAGAAGGUUCUGGACUGGGAGAACAAUAACUUAUAUUACAAACUGGGACUAAGAUGGAAACUAAGCAAACAGAAAUGUGAUACAACUAGUAUGAUGGAAUAUGUUCUUUUAGUAGAGUUUAUACCCAAAGUUCCAAUCCUACGGCCGGACUGACAGCAACUUCUCCAUUCUUCAUUAAACGGAACAUUACAUAGACUAAAAUCCACGAAAAUUCAAAAUUUUCUGAAUGAUCUCAAAAGAUGGCCUGUUAGCAAGUGAUAGAGCGACAUCUAUAGCUUGAUGGCAGGCUAAUCUACAAGUUAUAUGGACCAAUGCUAGAGCUAGUCCUCUAUUAAACUAUUAUAAAAUAGGCAGAGUGGUUUGUUGAUAUGGAAAGAUACAAAUUGUCUUGAUAACAGACAUGAGUAUGUUUCAAAAUCUGAAAUAGAGGACAU